UGGACCAGGCUAUGCUUGUAGGGGCUCCAGUUAUUGGUUUGAAUGACUCAGGUGGAGCUAGGAUUCAAGAAGGUGUUGAGUCGCUGGCUGGUUAUGCUGAUAUCUUCCAACGCAAUGUUAUGGCUUCAGGAGUCAUUCCUCAGAUCUCCCUGAUUAUGGGCCCAUGUGCAGGUGGUGCAGUGUACUCACCUGCCUUGACAGACUUUACAUUCAUGGUUGAGGACAGCUCCUACCUCUUCAUUACUGGUCCAGAUGUAGUGAAGGCAGUCACCAAUGAGGAUGUAACCCAGGAGGAACUGGGUGGAGCACGCACUCACACUACACUGUCUGGGGUUGCUCAUAAAGCUUUCCGAAAUGAUAUUCAUGCUCUUCUCAACUUAAGAACUUUCAUGGGUUAUUUGCCUCAGAAUAAUCAAGAACCAUCCCCUAUCAGACAGUGUGAUGACCCAUGGGAUCGUGAUGUACCUGGAUUGGACACUGUUGUCCCGCUAGAAUCAACAGCUGCAUACAACAUGCUAGAUGUGGUUGAGAGCAUUGUGGAUGAGGGAGAUUUUUUUGAAAUUAUGCCUAAUUAUGCAAAAAAUAUAAUUGUUGGAUUUGCACGCAUGAAUGGUCGCACAAUUGGCAUUAUUGGCAACCAACCCAAAUCUGCAGCAGGGUGUUUAGAUAUCAAUUCCUCUGUGAAAGGAGCAAGAUUUGUGAGAUUCUGUGAUGCAUUUAAUAUUCCUCUUGUGACAUUUGUGGAUGUACCAGGCUUCUUGCCAGGAACUGCUCAAGAAUAUGGUGGAAUUAUUCGUCAUGGUGCUAAACUUUUAUUUGCAUUUGCUGAAGCAACUGUUCCAAAAAUUACAAUUAUUACUAGAAAAGUUGCAGUAAUGGGAGCCAAAGGUGCAGUAUCUAUACUGUAUCGUGGGAAGAGCAAUGUUGCACAGAUUGAAAAAGAGUACAUGGAGAAAUUUGGUAAUCCAUUCCCUGCAGCUGUUAGAGGUUUUGUAGAUGACAUCAUUGAACCACGGACCACACGAAGUCGUAUUUGCCAAGAUUUGGAUAAGUUAUCAUCAAAGAAGCUUAGUAAUCCAUGGAAAAAGCAUGCUAAUAUUCCUUUGUAAAUUAAUAAAUACAUCUAAUUUUUGGGGGCACAUUAUCUUGGUGGAAGAUUGUUGUUGUAUUCAUAAAUAUGACUUUAGAUUUUAUAGUACAGUAGGGCCCCAGGCUACUGCCAUGAAGCAGAAAUCGCCAUAAAGUGUAACGCUUUUUUUUUCCACUUAUAAAUUCCAGAUAAUGUAUAUUAAGUUAGCAAUAGAACUAAGCAAUAAAAAAUAAAAUACA